AUGGCGGCGGUGGCGGCGGGCGGUCUGGUGGGGAAGGGGCGCGACAUCAGCCUAGCGGCCCUGCAGCGCCACGACCCCUAUAUCAACCGCAUCGUGGACGUGGCCAGCCAGGUGGCUCUGUAUACUUUCGGCCAUCGGGCCAACGAGUGGGAGAAGACUGAUGUGGAAGGGACUUUGUUUGUUUACACAAGGUCUGCCUCGCCAAAGCAUGGAUUCACCAUUAUGAAUAGGCUCAGCAUGGAAAAUAGGACAGAACCCAUUACUAAAGACCUGGAUUUCCAACUCCAGGACCCUUUCCUUCUCUACAGAAAUGCCAGAUUAUCCAUUUAUGGAAUUUGGUUUUAUGAUAAGGAAGAAUGCCAAAGAAUUGCAGAGCUUAUGAAAAACCUAACUCAAUAUGAACAACUGAAAGCCCAUCAAGGAGCUGGAGCAGGAAUCUCCCCAGUGAUCCUCAAUUCAGGAGAGGGCAAGGAAGUAGAUAUCUUACGAAUGCUCACCAAGGCCAAAGAUGAAUACACAAAGUGUAAAACCUGUUCUGAGCCAAAACAGAUAGCCAGCUCAUCUGCCAUCUACGACAACCCCAAUCUCAUCAAACCAAUUCCAGUGAAGCCCAGGGAGACUCUGCCACAGCACAUACCUCAGCCCAGCCAGACUUCAGACGCUGAACCCCAACACUUAUCAUUGAUGGCUCUCUUUGGGAAGCAGGACAAGGCUACAUGUCAGGAAAUUUUGGAGACUCCACAGACCCUCCACCAGCAGCAGCAACAGCAGCAAGAGAAGCUUUCAGGCAGGCAGGGAGUUGCACGGUCCCUGUCCUAUGAGGAACCGAAAAGACACUCACCUCCCAUUGAGAAGCAGCUCUGUCCAGCCAUUCAGAAACUCAUGGUCAGGAGUGCAGACCUCCACCCAUUGUCAGAGCUGCCUGAAAACCGGCCCUGUGAAAAUGGCAGUACGCAUUCUGCUGGGGACGUUUUCACUGGACUUGUCCAGCGUGGGUCUCCCCGUAAUACUGGAACUGCUCAUCAUGUGCAAAGCAUUUCCAGAACUCAGAACCUGCUGGAGAAGCUUCAGAGUGCCCCAGGGGCAGUGAUGAAGUACGACCCUAGUCCACCAGGACCUGCCAUCUCAACUGCCCCAAACUUCAGCAGAGCUCUCACUGACGCCAGCCCUGUGGCCCCAGUGAAGGGUCUUGCCCAGCCCCAGCUGGUCUAUUUCAGUGGCUCCCUUCCUGCUCAGACUCCAGGCCAUCAGGCUCCUGGGAAAGAACAGUGCAUUCUCCCAAGACAGGCCCUUCCCCUCCCCUGCAAUCAAACCAGCAGUUCUGGAGUGGUCUCCCCUCAAGAGUUACUAAAGAAGCUCCAGGUCGUGCAGCAGGAGCAGCAGCUGCACGUAUCCACCCGGCCAGCCUUGGCAGCGAAGUUCCCUGUGAUGACCCAGAGUUCUAGAACAGUGAAACCUUUGGAAUCCUGGAUCGACAAGACAUCCAGCACCGAAAAGCAGACUCCACUUUUUCAGGUCAUGUCACCUCAGCGCCUCCCCGGGACAAGGGCUCCUUCCCUGCUCAUGUCCCCCAUGGUGUUCACGCAGUCCACCUCUGCCCCACCAAGCCAAGAACCGGCUGCCACCCCUACCGACCUCCUCCUGCCUCUGCAGCACCCGGAGCCCCCUGUGAUCACCAGCAGCCCCCUUACCAAGCUACAGCUUCAGGAAGCCCUGCUGUACCUCAUUCAGCUAUUCACGGAAAACAGGGAGCGUGUCCCUGGCGUGAUGACCCUGCUGCUGAGCCCGUGUGUCGCAGGCAGGCCAGCCACCAGGGGGCAGUGUCAUCCCACAAACUCACCUCCAAAGCCUCAUGAGCCUUUGGAGGUAAUGAUGGUUUUCUUUUCCCAAAGAAAACUUUUCAUUUGUAAAAUUACAGUUGGCAUGUUUUACCCAUGUCUUUAAAGGGAAAUUAUUUCUGAAGGUAUUUAUAGCUAGUUCCUAGAGGAUGGUUCUUCUAAGAGUCCACAAAUGGCCCAGAUUUCCAGCGAUACUUCUUUGUCCCAACUCAUGUAAUUUCUUUGGACCCAAGCAUCCA